GGACUGCGCGCCCGCCGCCGCGCUCUGGGCGGCCGACGACGCGGACCUCGCGCUCCGCGCCGCCGCCGCAGCCGGCUUUUGUUGUCUCCGCCUCCUCGGCCGCCGCCGCCUCUGGACCGAGAGCCGCGCGCGGGGACCUUGGCUCUGCCCUUCGCGGGCGGAGGCUGCACGGGGCCCGGCCGGGAUCCGAGAGAGGCGCGGGCGGGCGGCCGGGGACGCCGCCGGCCCCGCCAUGGAGCUCCGGGCUCGAGGCUGGUGGCUGCUGUGCGCGGCCGCCGCGCUCGUCGCCUGCGUCCGCGGGGACCCUGCCAGCAAGAGCCGGAGCUGCGCCGAGGUCCGCCAGAUCUACGGGGCCAAGGGCUUCAGCCUGAGCGACGUGCCCCAGGCAGAGAUCUCGGGUGAGCACCUGCGGAUCUGCCCCCAGGGCUACACCUGCUGCACCAGCGAGAUGGAGGAGAACCUGGCCAACCGCAGCCGCGCCGAGCUGGAGACGGCGCUCCGCGACAGCAGCCGCGCCUUGCAGACCAUGCUGGCCACGCAGCUGCGCGGCUUCGACGACCACUUCCAGCGCCUGCUGAACGACUCGGAGCGCGCCCUGCAGGACGCCUUCCCCGGCGCCUUUGGCGAGCUGUACACGCAGAACGCCAGGGCCUUCCGGGACCUGUACGCCGAGCUGCGCCUCUACUACCGCGGCGCCAACCUGCACCUGGAGGAGACGCUGGCGGAGUUCUGGGCCCGCCUGCUGGAGCGCCUCUUCAGGCAGCUGCACCCCCAGCUGCUGCUGCCCGAGGACUACCUGGACUGCCUGGGCAAGCAGGCCGAGGCGCUGCGGCCCUUCGGGGAGGCCCCGCGGGAGCUGCGCCUGCGAGCCACCCGCGCCUUCGUGGCCGCGCGCUCCUUCGUGCAGGGCCUGGGCGUGGCCGGCGACGUGGUCCGGAAGGUGGCCCAGGUGCCGCUGGGCGCGGAGUGCUCGCGGGCCGUCAUGAAGCUGGUGUACUGCGCCCACUGCCUGGGUGUGCCUGGCGCCCGGCCCUGCCCCGACUACUGCCGCAAUGUGCUCAAGGGCUGCCUCGCCAACCAGGCCGACCUGGACGCCGAGUGGAGGAACCUCCUGGACUCCAUGGUGCUCAUCACUGACAAGUUCUGGGGCCCGUCGGGCGUGGAGAGGGUCGUCGGCAGUGUGCACGUGUGGCUGGCGGAGGCUGUCAACACCCUCCAGGACAACAGGGACGCGCUCACGGCCAAGGUCAUCCAGGGCUGUGGGAGCCCCAAGGUCAACCCCCAGGGUGCCGGGCCGGAAGAGCGGCAGCGCCGGGGCAAGGCGGUGCUGCCUGAGCAGCCCCCCGCGGGCGGCGCGCUGGAGAAGCUGGUCUCCGAGGCCAAGGCCCAGCUCCGCGACGUCCAGGACUUCUGGAUCAGCCUCCCGGGGACGCUGUGCAGCGAGAAGAUGGCCCUGAGCACCGCCAGCGACGAUCGCUGCUGGAACGGGGUGGCCAAGGGCCGGUACCUCCCCGAGGUGAUGGGCGACGGCUUGGCCAACCAGAUCAACAACCCCGAGGUGGAGGUGGACAUCACCAAGCCGGACAUGACCAUCCGGCAGCAGAUCAUGCAGCUGAAGAUCAUGACCAACCGGCUGCGCAGCGCCUACAACGGCAAUGACGUGGACUUCCAGGACGCCAGUGACGACGGCAGCGGCUCCGGCAGUGGCGACGGCUGCCUGGACGACACCUGCAGCCGGAAGGCCGGCAAGAAGAGCUCCAGCGCCCGGACGCCCUUGACGCACGCCCUCCCCGGCCUGUCGGAGCGGGAGGGACAGAAGACCUCGGCCGCCGGCUGCCCCCAGCCCCUUGCCUUCCUCCUUCUCCUCCUCCUCAGCCUGGCCCUCGCAGUAGCCGGGCCCCGGUGGCGGUAACUGCCCCACGGCCCCAGGGGACUGAGGCCAAGGACUGACUUUGCCAAAAUGCAAAACGGACGAUAUUUAAUUCCCCCGGCGGAGAGCCCUGUGCAGGGGGCAGGGCAGGCGGGCAGGGUGGGGCGGGGCGCACUGGCCCCAUCCCGGCCCCACCUGCCCCCCAGCUUUGAUUUUGUAUGAGGCCUUCAGGUCAGCUGGGGGCCAGUGUCCCCAAAAGCCAUGUAUUUCAGGGACCUCAGGGGCACCUCCAGCUCCCCACCCCCUCCCCCUGCUCCCCGCACCCCUGCAGAAGCGGCCCCCGCCUGGAGCCUGCGGAGGAGGCGCCAUGGGCAACACCCCGCUGGAGACCUCGGGCGAGCCUGUGCCUUCCUCUCCUGCCUCCUCCGCUGGGGACGCCCCACCAGACCCCCUCCCCGGCCCAGGCCUCAGGCGAGGCUCCCCCAGCCCCCUCCGAGGAGCCUGCAAGGCCACCGGGUGUCCACCACGCCGGGCCGGCGCAGCCUUUGAGAGCAUGCAUGACACCUUCCUCCAACGCAGCAAGGGCUGCGGUGCCAGGCCCCGCCCCCCCUGUGCCGCCGAGGGGGCCCCCGGCCCGCGUGACAGCCGGUCUGCAAGGCUGGUCCCCCGAAGGCUCUGCUGGCUGCUGCAUCUGUCCCGACCGUGUCCUCGCAGAAGACCCACUCUGAGUGGCCCCUUGAUAUCCGGACCAGGCGGCACCGACGCCCUCUGCCCUGCUUUUGUUUGGGGAUGGGGGCUGUGCCCGUCCCCCAGGCAAACAGCGUGGCCCUUGCAGCCGUGGGCCGUCCCCUGGCACCCAGGGGCCCUCACUGGGGGGUGGGGCGGGGGGGUCUAGGCCUGUGCAAGGGCUCUGCCCACACCCCACCCAGACCAGCUUGGGGGGACACAGGCCAGGGCUCAGCGUGACACCCGGCCCCAGUGAUGCUCGGUGGCCGGUGAGACCUAGCAGUGCGGACAGAGGGGCACCUUCCUGACCCCGGCAGGCUGACAGUUAAGGGCUUUUCCAGACGUGCACACGUUUAGAGACACUUCCCGUUCUUGUUCCCCAAGAGCCGCCACCUCGGCUCCUCCCAGGUAGCUUUGGGGGGACCCAGGGCCCCCCUUGGUGUCCCGUGGCCCUAGGGUGUGGGCGCUUCCCACGCAGGAAGCCUGUCAGGACCCCUCCCCAGGCCUGGGGUGGGCGGUGGCUUCCUGCCAGAGAGGGGCCCCAGGUGCAAGGGGAAGGAGGGCCUGGGGGCCACCGGCUGCCACGACCCACGUGGGCCCCGAGAGGGCCGCUUAGCGCUGCUUUGCUCCUGUCCCUGAGACCGGGAAGCCACGGCCACCACAGUGGACCGAGGUCUCUGGCCGCUGGCCAGGCCCCCUGGCACGGGCACCUGUUCACUCUGGAGUCAUACUGAGCCGUGCUGGGCCCGGCCCCCAGGCAGCCCCUCCCCGCCAGUGUCGGGGGACGGGGUGGGGGGGGCGUCUCGGGCACCUCCACCCCACACGCGUCUCUGGAAGGGGCAGCCCCGAGCGGUCGCUGGUCAGGGCGGCGGCCACGCCUGCCGCGUCCUCCACAAGGCGCCCUGCUGCUCAGGGUCCGCGGGUGACGUGUGUUCUUUGAGUCCUUGUACCAAUAAAAGGCUGGAGACCUGCGGCA